AUGGCCGCUCCACCAAGAACUCUACGACGCCUGUUGUCUUUCAGAGCUACCAUAUGCCCUGCCUCGGCAGUAGCUGCUCCCAUCGCCCGCCGAAGCUAUGCUACAACAGACUCUGCAUCCGCCACCAACACACCGGGAACUACACGACGGAAAGCAACAAAGUUCCAGGAUAAGCUGAACGCGGGACCCUCAUUCUCGGACUUUGUCUCAGGAGGUCAAGAUGAACCUCUCGACCCAUCGGAAGCCUAUGCCCUCAAGACCGCGCUUGUCGGCCCCGCCGGCCGCAAGAGGGAAAUGACUCGUUUGCCCGAAUGGCUGAGAACCCCCAUCCCAGACUCCAAGAACUUCCAGCGUCUAAAGAAAGACUUGAGAGGACUAAACCUGCACACCGUCUGUGAGGAGGCUCGAUGCCCCAAUAUCUCCGACUGUUGGGGCGGCAGCGACAAGUCCUCCGCCACAGCGACAAUCAUGCUGAUGGGCGACACAUGCACGCGUGGAUGCCGCUUUUGCAGCGUCAAGACAUCCCGCACUCCUCCCCCGCUUGACCCGCAUGAACCCGAGAACACCGCCGAGGCCAUCUCCCGCUGGAGCUUGGGGUACGUGGUGCUGACGAGCGUCGACCGUGAUGAUCUGGUGGAUGGCGGCGCACGUCAUUUCGCCGAGACGGUCAUCAAAAUCAAGCAGAAAAAGCCAAGUAUGCUGGUUGAGUGUUUGACCGGUGACUUCCGCGGUGACACCGAGAUGGCGGCAAUGGUUGCGCGGUCUGGGCUGGACGUCUAUGCGCACAACGUUGAGACCGUCGAGGAACUUACGCCCUUUGUUCGUGACCGCCGCGCUACGUUCCAGCAGUCUAUUCGUGUGCUUGAUGCUGCGAAGAAAGCUGUUCCGGAUCUCGUCACGAAGACUUCGCUUAUGCUUGGCCUCGGUGAGACGGAGGAUCAGCUCUGGGAUGCCCUGCGCCAGCUCCGUGCUGUCAACGUCGAUGUUGUGACCUUUGGUCAAUACAUGCGUCCUACGAAGCGUCACAUGGCUGUUCAUGAGUACGUGACGCCUGACCGCUUCGAGCUGUGGCGUCAGCGUGCCCUUGAGAUGGGAUUCUUGUACUGUGCCUCCGGCCCCUUGGUACGAAGCAGUUACAAGGCUGGUGAGGCGUUCAUUGAGAAUGUUCUCAAAAAGCGCCGUGCUGGCUCUGCCACCGCCACCGCUGAGCGCACUGUCGAUCAGAGCGCUGCUACCACUGAUGAAGCUACCCGGUAA